AUGACUGGGGAGACUUUGUAGUAAUCACAAGUAUGUUGCCGGGAUACGAGACGUUUGUGGACUACGUCCGCUCCUACACGGACACUUCCUACUUCCUGUGGAGGCUGCAGGAUAUCCUGUCUCUGGAGAUGUCUAUCGGGACCAGCGACGUCCGCGCCAAACGCAUGUUACAGCAGAUUGAUUCCCAGGUACUCGUAGCCUACUGCUCCCAUGAAGAGGCCCAGUACCUGUUCCAGGUAGCAGGGGAGGUGGGUCUAUUGGGGCCUGGCUACAUCUGGAUCCUCCCCUCCCUCGCGUUGGGCAACACAGAGAGCCCUUCACCUAGCAGCUUCCCCAUAGGAGUGAUUGGCGUCAUCACCGACCAGUGGAGGAAGAGCCUGAGGCAGCGGGUCAGAGAGGGAGUGGCCAUAGUGGCCAAAGGGGCAGAGAGUUUCAAGAGGCAUCAGGGGUUCGUUCCCGAGGGACACAGCGACUGCAACACACCAGUUACACACAUUAACAACAACACACUGUUCAGACACAUGCUGAACGUGACAUGGGAGCGUAAGGACCUGUCGUUUAAUAGUGAUGGUUACCUGACAAACCCUUCCAUGGUCAUCAUCGCUUUGAACAGAGACAGACAGUGGGACAAGGUGGGGACAUUAGAGCGGGGUAUCCUCCAGGUACGUUAUCCGGUGUGGCCUCGAUAUGGUAGUUUCCUCGAGCCGGUAUCAGAUGAUCGCCACCUGACGGUAGCCACUCUGGAGGAGAGGCCCUUCGUCAUCGUAGAGAACGUGGACCCCGACACGGGAACCUGUGUACGCAACACCGUGCCCUGCCGACGCCAGUCCAACCGCACCGAGAGUCUUGUGGGUCACACGGAGCCCUACACCAAGCUGUGCUGUAAGGGGUUCUGCAUCGACAUUCUGAAGAAGCUGUCUCGCACCAUCAAGUUCUCCUACGACCUCUACCUGGUCACUAACGGGAAACAUGGAAAGAUGAUCAGUGGCAUCUGGAACGGCAUGAUCGGAGAGGUGUUCUACAGGAAAGCAGACAUGGCCAUAGGUUCUCUCACCAUAAAUGAGGAGCGUUCUGAGAUCAUCGACUUCUCCGUGCCAUUCGUCGAGACCGGCAUCAGCGUCAUGGUUGCCCGUAGCAAUGGGACUGUCUCCCCCUCCGCCUUCCUCGAGCCCUAUAGCCCAGCGGUGUGGGUGAUGAUGUUUGUAAUGUGCCUGACCGUGGUAGCUGUGACCGUAUUCGUGUUCGAGUACUUCAGUCCUGUCGGCUACAACCGCAGCUUGGUCAGUGCUAAAGCGGCAGGAGGUCCUACCUUCACCAUAGGGAAGUCAGUGUGGUUGCUUUGGGGCAUCGUGUUCAAUAACUCAGUCCCCAUCGAGAACCCCAAAGGAACCACCAGUAAGAUCAUGGUGCUGGUGUGGGCCUUCUUCGCAGUCAUCUUCCUGGCCUCCUACACCGCCAACCUGGCUGCCUUCAUGAUCCAGGAGCAGUACAUAGACACUGUGUCUGGACUGUCUGACAAGAAGUUCCAGAAGCCUCAGGAACACUACCCUCCAUUCCGGUUUGGGACGGUCCCUAACGGCAGCACAGAGAGGAACAUCAGGAGUAACUACCCCGACAUGCACGCACACAUGGUCAAAUACAACCAGAAAGGAGUGGAGGAUGCCCUCAACAGCCUUAAGACAGCGAAGCUGGAUGCUUUUAUCUAUGAUGCUGCGGUGUUGAACUACAUGGCAGGGAAGGACGAGGGCUGUAAGCUUGUGACUAUUGGCUCUGGGAAGGUGUUUGCUACAACGGGCUAUGGAAUCGCCCUGCAGAAAGACUCUCGAUGGAAACGACCAAUUGACCUGGCCUUAUUGCAGUUCCUGGGAGAUGGUGACACCCAGCGCUUGGAGACGGUCUGGCUGUCAGGCAUCUGUCAGAAUGAGAAGAACGAGGUGAUGAGCAGUAAGCUGGACAUAGACAACAUGGCCGGGGUCUUCUACAUGCUGCUGGUGGCCAUGGGGCUCAGUCUGCUGGUGUUCUCCUGGGAACAUCUACUCUACUGGAAACUUCACAAGGAACUAGACAAAUCUCCCAGGAUGGACUUCCUGCUCGCCAUCAGCAGGGGUAUCUACAGUUGCUUCAACGGGGUGGAGGAACCAGACCUCCCUAACCUGGCCAACCCAGACCUGACAGCUAACUAUGCCCAGGCUAACAUGCUCAAAAUGCUACGCACUGCUAAGGACCUGGUUAACUCUGCCCAAGUCGAGACCUCACUGGACCACGCCUCCAAGACCAUAGAACACUGGGGACGCCAUGGCGGCAGCCUGCCAGUCCACAUUCCGCAGCAAGGCACCACGGAAACAGUCCCGGGAGGGUUCGCUUAUGUCACAGAGAAUACACACCUGCCCCCCGAGCGCCCCCUCAGCCCACAAUACUGCACGCUGGGUUCAGGGACAUCUGUGAACCAGCAGAGGGGGCUGGCGAGACCCACACCGCUACGAUACACGCUCCCAGCUCGUACUUCCUCUCUCUACGACAGACCACUUCCUGUUUCUAGUCUCAUUUGCCCUCACCUUGACCUGGCUGGAGGGGAUCGCCUCUCAUCUUAUCCUCACCCCUCCACAGAGCCCUCCAAGAGGAAGAGGAGGAGCAAGAGCCUCCUCUCAGGGGAGACAGGAAGAGGAGGAGGACAGAGGAGGCGGCGCAGGGAGGAGAAGACGGUGUGCCUGGCUGAACUCCGGGCCAACCACCUCCAGGAAAACCACGUCUCGCCCCACAUGCCUGACUCCCUGUACCCAGGAGCGGUGCUCUGUCCUGGGGAAGAGGGAUGCGGUGACUCCUGGCCUCUUCCUCUGGAGGAGCUCGUCCUAGCAGGGAGACGGCGGCGCCACCGACGGCCAUCUUUCCUUCGAGCCACCUGGGGCAGUGAGCAGAUUCGCCAGCCGGACGAUACUCCGCCUACAUCCCUCGAUAGCCAAUCACAUUCUGCUUUACCAGACUUAUUUCCCCGCGUCAUGGUCGACCAAGAAACUCCCACUAAACUCUACAACCCCACCCCGUUCCGGAACAACCUAUGCUAUCCUGCCGCCUCACCCCGCCAACAUGCCUAUCUUCAUAUAAGGCAGGACCAGAGGAAAGGAAACUCGCGUAAGAAGCUGCGGCACUCACACUCCACCCACCUGCCCACCUACAGGGAGGCCGUGCUGGGGGGCCAGGGAGGGGGAGGUGGGGUAGGCCUGGGGGUGGUCCGGAGAACCACCAGCCUGCUCAGCAGACAGUACAACGACAAUCUAACCUCCUACCCUGGGCUGCCUCUAUACCACAGCCCCCUCAACUUCCAGACCCAUUCCCCGGCAUCCAGCAACCACCCCAGCCCCGGUACCUACCGUAUCCCCAGCCCUGUAUGCCAGCUCCUGGCCUGUGGAGGUGGCUGUCGAAGUCAGAGGGGGUUGUUGUACCAGGACAGUUUGUAUGGAGCCUAUGGAGCCUAUGGAGGGGCCCAGGAUCCGGACAUAGAGCCCCAGAGAGGAGAAGGCUUGGUAGGGUUGAGGUCUGAGGACAGACCCUGUGUGACUCGGUCCUGGGGAAAAGUCUCUAGUCUGGAGUCAGAGGUCUGAGAGAGACAGACAAACACUACAUACUUUAUAGACUGGAAUGUAUACUGUAGAAUAUACGGUUGGAAUUCCACAUUGAAGAUUUGUGAUCCACAGGGACCAUUUCAGAGGGGGGUGGGAUACUUCUCAUACACAGAAUCAGGUACGAGAAGGAUAUGUGCAGUAAAGGGGGGAAGCUGAGGGUUAGGAUUAAUUUGAUAGGUUGGACAGUUGAACUUCCUUCUUUCUUAUUGAAGAGAUAAAGUAGAGUGUUUGACUGAAUGUUAAGUGGCCAUUUUGGAAUAAGCAUGAAACUGAAAGGAUGUGUAGUGGAACACAUCGUUCUGCAGCUAGCUCAGCCUAGCACGGUGACGUCCCCUUUCACCAAGCAGUUAGCACGCUGCGUACAGAGUUCCUAAUGCAAACAAAUAGAGAACAUAGGAAGGGGGUAAAAUGGAGGCAUUUUGGAGAGUGUGUUGGAGAGGAUGGAAAGAUAAUUUUACUCGCUGCUUUGAAACAUUAUAUUCCUGUGUUUUGUGCAUUAUAUUAUGAUAUACUAUAUAUAAUAUUUCUAUAUAAAUAUAUAUUAUUCAUAUAUAAUA